UGUGGAAAGAGAAGAUAUAAAAUGUUUAUGAAACCUCUGCCUAUUUGCUUUCUCUACUGAUCUGGUAUGACUGCAAAACCUACACCAACACCACAUCGGACAAGUAAACGGAAUAAAUUCUACUCACAGAUCUGCAACUACUAAGGCCAGUGAUCUCAUGGACAGCAGCCCCCUAAGGAACAUUGGAAGAGGCAAACAUGGCAAAAUCAAGAAACCACGAAGAGCUGGCACACAGCGUCCGUGCAGCCCAGACCACACAAGACCAGAUGAGGGCUCUGUUUGAAGCCGUAGAGAGAGAGACACCACAAACCAAACUUGCAUUCCAUCUGAUAUUGAGACGGAAAGAGCCUGAACUCAUGGACAAGCUAGAGCAGAGACAACGAAACAGUAAGAUGACACAGACAGGAUUGGAUCAAAGGUAUGGAGAUACCACAACAUUAGAGGAUAAGACAACACCAAAACUUGGCAUACAGACAAAAAAGGAAUCUCUUAAGAGACGAAGACAAGAAACAAUGCAAGCAAUUGAGGAGAUUGAAAAACUUUGGGAGGGGUCAAGAAGGGAGAGAAAUGAAACUAACUACAUGAAAGCAAAGAUUAAGCAACAACAAGAGGAAAUAGAAAGGCUAAUGGCUGAGAAACAAGAGCAAAACACAAAGAUGGAGAUGAUGAGGAUGGAGAUCCAGAAUGUGAAUGAAAAACUGAAACAGAACAUGGAGGAAAUUAAUGUAGAGAAAGACAGAAUACGACAAAUGUGGGCUGAUAUCCAAACAGAGAAAGACAUUCUGGAGAGAAGACACAAUGAGACCAUUAACGAGAGACACAGUUUGGAAUUGAUCAAGUAUGAGACAUUGAGAGCAAAAGAGGAGAUGGAGCACUGCAAGGAAACAACAAAACAAGAGCAGGAGAAAAUGGAACAGAUUAAGGCUGACAUUCAGGGGCAGAUAGAGGACAUGGAAAUAAGAAUUGCAGAAACCAAUCAAGUAAAAGAAAAAAUGGAAGCGAUGAAGGCCGAUGUACACAGGGAGCAAGGUCAGCUGGAAACAAAAAGAGAUGACAUUAAAAGACAAAAAGAACAGUUUGAGCAGAUUAAAUGUGAGAUAAACAAAGUAAAGGAAGAGAUGGAUCGAAGGUGGUAUGAAACGGAGAAAGAAGAACUUGAGCAGAGAGUUAGGAUCCAGCAAGAGAAAGAGGAACUUGACAAUGUAAAAGCUGAGCUGCAGAGAGCUAAAGAGGAGGUUGAUCAAAACAGGGAGAAGACGAAGCAAGAGAAGGACCUGGUCAACAAAAUGAAAGCAGAGAUUCUUCUAGAAAAGGAUGCACUUGAGAAGGACAAACAAGAAACAUUACGAAAACAAAAGGAGCUGGAGCAGAUCAAGUAUGCGAUUCAAAUGGACAAAGAGGAGAUUGAGCAAAACAGAGAGGAAGCAAAGCGAGAGAAUGAUAGGAUGGAACAGAGGGAAGCUGAACUGCAGAGACAAGUGGAAAAGAUUGAGAGAAGCAUUGAGGAGACAAAGCAAGAAAAUGACAGAAUGGAAAACGUAAAAGCAGAGGUACAGAGAACGAAAGAAGUACUGGAGAAACAAAAAGAUGACACCAGGCGAGUGAAGGAGGAAAUGGAGAAAAGAAGGUAUGAGACUGUCAAGGAGGAGCUGGAGCAGAGAGCUGAAAUACAGAGACAGAGAGAAGAAGUGGAAAUGCUCAAGUAUGAAAUGCAGAAAGCCAAGGACGUUGAAAAAACACGAGGAAACCGAGAGAGAGAGGAAGCCAAAAAGUGGAGUGAAGAAGUAAAGCGAGAGAGAGAUGGGAUCAAACAAUUGAGAGCUGAGGUUCAGAAGGAAAAAGACAACGUGGAGAGGAAAAAGCAAGAGACAAUGAGAGAGAGACAAGAAUUGGAGAGGAUUCAUUUUGAAACGCUGAGAAUGAAAGAGGAGAAUGAGCAAAGCAGGGAGAUCACAAGAAGAGAAAAGGAGCAAAUGGAGCAGAUGAAAGUUACUAUACAGAGACAGAUAGAAGAUAUAGAAGAGAAAGUUACAGAGACAAAACAAGCAAAAGACAAAAUGGAAGAAAUGAAAGCAGAGAUACAGAGACAACGUGAAGAUUUGGAGAGUCGAAGGGAAAAGACAGAGAAAGAGAAGGAGCAUUAUGAAGAGGUUAAGUGUGAGAUAAUUCAAUUGAAAGAGGAAAUGGAAAGGAAAUGGUGUGAAACAGAGAAAGACGAGGUGGAACAGAGAGCAAGAGCGCAGCAAGAGAUGGAAACACUUGAAAGGUUGAAGGAGGAAAAACAGAAAGUACGAGAGGAAAUAGAAAGAAACAAGGUGGAAACGCAACGAGAAAGAGAGAACCUAGAAAAAAUUAAAGCCCGUGUGAAAGACGAGAAGAACAUUGCAGAGAAAAUAUCAGAAGAGGCCAAACUGAAGAAUGAGGACUUAAUGGAAAUGGAGCGUAACCUUCAGGAAGAAAGGGAAGAGAUCGAGAGGAGCAAGCAAGUCACAAAGCAAGAGAAAGAAGAGAUCGUAGAGAUGAAGGCUGAACUCCAAAGACAGAUGACAGAAAUAGAGAACCGUGUGAAGGAGACAAACAGAGCAAAAUAUGAGGUGGAUCAGGCAAAGCUGGUUGUACAAAAAGUGGAGUCCCAGCUGAAAAAGCAAAGAGACAAGGCUGGAAGAGUAAAAGAUGAAAUUGAGAAACAGAGAUAUGAAGCAGUGAAAGAAGAGCUUGAGCAACGAGCUGAAAUCCAACGAGAAAGAGAAAUGUUGGAGAAAGUAAGAGACGAGAUACGGAGAGCCGAAGAAGACUCCGAAGAAACACAGCUUCAGAGCAAAAGAGGGGACUUACAAAAGAAGAUGGAUGAAACAAAGCAAGAGAGGGAGAUGCUUGAGCAAAUUAAAACGGAGGUUUUGUCAGAAAGGGCCAUGUUGAAAAGGCAAAUCCAUGAAACCGCAAGAGAAAGAGAGGACUUGGAAUUGCUUCGGUGUGAGACCCUGAAGAAAAAGCUGGAGCUUGAGAAAAAGCAGGAGGAAGCUGUCAAGGAAGAGCUUGAACUGAGAGCUGAAAUGCAGAGAGAUAGAGAGGAGAUAGAGAGAACCAAGAAGAACAUAGAGAGGGAGUUAAAACAAGGCAGGGAUGCCACAAGUCUAGAGAGAGGCAAUGUGGAACGGAUGAAGGUUGAAGUACAGAACCAGCAUGAGGAAAUGACUAGAUCCAUUGAGAGGACAAGGCAAGCCAGAGACGUGAUGGAACAGAUGAAGGAUGAAAUUCAGAGAGAAAAACAACUUUUGGAGAGAAUAAGGGAAGAAACAAUAAGAGAGAAAGAACCCUAUGAAAUGGUCAAGGAUGAGCUAAACAGAGUAAAAGAAGAGAUGGAAAAACUCUGGGACGAGGUACAGAGGGACGAACAGGAAGAGAGAGCCAAACUGCAUCGAGAAAAUGUGGAGCUGAAUAAGAGAAUGGAGGAAAUUAAGACAGAGAUUAACCAGAUAGAAACAAUUAAAUUUGACCUAGAGAGACAGAGAGAUGAGAUUGAAGCAAGGAUGGAGAAGACAAAGAGAGAGAUGGACAAGCUGGAACAAACGAAGGCUGAAAUACAAAGACAGAAAGAGGACAUUGAAAACAAGAUGACAGAAACAAAGAGUGAGAAAGAGGAGAUGGAAAGGAUCAAAUCUGAGAUACAGAAGCAGAAAGAGGAAAUUGAAAACAAAAUGCAACAAACAGAGACAGAAAUGGAUGAGCUGAAAAGUGUGAGGGAAGAUAUUCAGAGACAGAGACAAGAGGUCGAGAACAUGAUGCAGAAGGCCAAGAGAGAGAUUGGAGAGAUGGAACUAGUGAAGACUGAGAUGCAAAGGAAGAAAAAGGACCUUGAACAGAUGAUGAGAAAGACUAAGAGAAAAAAGGAAGAAAUGGAAAAGAUGAAGGAUGAAAUAGAGAGAGCGGAACAAGAGAUGGAACAAAGAAGGGAAGAGACCAAAAGGGAGAGAGAUGCAAUUGAACAGGCGAAAGCUGAAAUAGAAAGAGCAAAAGAGGAACUGGAGAUUCGUCUGGAAGAGGGCUUUAGAGAUAUUGAUGAGAAGGAACAGAUGAACGCUGAGAUACAGAGAUUAAUCCAAGAGGUAGAGCGAACCAGAGAAAUGGUACGACAAACAAAAGUGGCAAUGGAAAACAGGAUGGAAGAAAGCAAUAUGGAGAUGGGUGACAAAGACAGAGUGAAUGCUGUAAUCCAGAGGUUGAUUCUAGAGGUGGAACAAACCAGAGAGGUGUUAAGAAGGGUGAAAGAAGAAAUGGAACUGAGCAAGGGGGAGUUAAAAGGGGAAAAGGACAAAAUCAGACUGAUGAAGACGGAGACACACAAAAGAAAAAAAGAGCUGGAGCAAAGGAUGGAGAAGAUCAUGCGAGAGAGGGAUGAGUUAGAACUGGUGAAGUCAAAGAUACAGAGACAACGGGAAGAGCUGAAACAGAAGAUGGAAGAUGGAAAGACUGAGAGUGAAAAGAUGGAACAGAUGAAAGAUGAAAUUGAGAAACAGAGAUAUGAACAACGAGCUGAAAUCCAAAGAGAAAGAGAAAUGUUGGAGAAAGUAGGAGACGAGAUACGGAGAGCCGAAGACGAUUCCGAAGAAAUACAGUUUCAGAGCGAAAAAGGGGACUUACAAAAGAAGAUGGAUGAAACAAAGCAAGAGAGGGAGAUGCUUGAGCAAAUUAAAACGGAGGUUUUGUCAGAAAGGGCCAUGUUGAAAAGACAAAUCCAUGAAACCGCAAGAGAAAGAGAGGACUUGGAAUUGCUUCGGUGUGAGACCCUGAAGAAAAAGCUGGAGCUUGAGAAAAAGCAGGAGGAAGCUGUCAAGGAAGAGCUUGAACUGAGAGCUGAAAUGCAGAGAGAUAGAGAGGAGAUAGAGAGAACCAAGAAGAACAUAGAGAGGGAGUUAAAACAAGGCAGGGAUGCCACAAGUCUAGAGAGAGGCGAAGUGGAACGGAUGAAGGUUGAAGUACAGAACCAGCAUGAGGAAAUGACUAGAUCCAUUGAGAGGACAAGGCAAGCCAGAGACGUGAUGGAACAGAUGAAGGAUGAAAUUCAGAGAGAAAAACAACUUUUGGAGAGAAUAAGGGAAGAAACAAUAAGAGAGAAAGAACCCUAUGAAACGGUCAAGGAUGAGCUAAACAGAGUAAAAGAAGAGAUGGAAAAACUCUGGGACGAGGUACAGAGGGACGAACAGGAAGAGAGAGCCAAACUGCAUCGGGAAAAUGUGGAGCUGAAUAAGAGAAUGGAGGAAAUUAAGACAGAGAUUAACCAGAUAGAAACAAUUAAAUUUGACCUAGAGAGACAGAGAGAUGAGAUUGAAGCAAGGAUGGAGAAGACAAAGAGAGAGAUGGACAAGCUGGAACAAACGAAGGCUGAAAUACAAAGACAGAAAGAGGACAUUGAAAACAAGAUGACAGAAACAAAGAGUGAGAAAGAGGAGAUGGAAAGGAUCAAAUCUGAGAUACAGAAGCAGAAAGAGGAAAUUGAAAACAAAAUGCAACAAACAGAGACAGAAAUGGAUGAGCUGAAAAGUGUGAGGGAAGAUAUUCAGAGGCAGAGACAAGAGGUCGAGAACAUGAUGCAGAAGGCCAAGAGAGAGAUUGGAGAGAUGGAACUAGUGAAGACUGAGAUGCAAAGGAAGAAAAAGGACCUUGAACAGAUGAUGAGAAAGACUAAGAGAAAAAAGGAAGAAAUGGAAAAGAUGAAGGAUGAAAUAGAGAGAGCGGAACAAGAGAUGGAACAAAGAAGGGAAGAGACCAAAAGGGAGAGAGAUGCAAUUGAACAGGCGAAAGCUGAAAUAGAAAGAGCAAAAGAGGAACUGGAGAUUCGUCUGGAAGAGGGCUUUAGAGAUAUUGAUGAGAAGGAACAGAUGAACGCUGAGAUACAGAGAUUAAUCCAAGAGGUAGAGCGAACCAGAGAAAUGGUACGACAAACAAAAGUGGCAAUGGAAAACAGGAUGGAAGAAAGCAAUAUGGAGAUGGGUGACAAAGACAGAGUGAAUGCUGUAAUCCAGAGGUUGAUUCUAGAGGUGGAACAAACCAGAGAGGUGUUAAGAAGGGUGAAAGAAGAAAUGGAACUGAGCAAGGGGGAGUUAAAAGGGGAAAAGGACAAAAUCAGACUGAUGAAGACGGAGACACACAAAAGAAAAAAAGAGCUGGAGCAAAGGAUGGAGAAGAUCAUGCGAGAGAGGGAUGAGUUAGAACUGGUGAAGUCAAAGAUACAGAGACAACGGGAAGAGCUGAAACAGAAGAUGGAAGAUGGAAAGACUGAGAGUGAAAAGAUGGAACAGAUGAAAGAUGAAAUACAGAGAGCAGUUGCAGUGAUAGACCUGGCAAGGGAGGAGAUACAAAGGGAAAAAAGGAAGAUUAAAGAGGACAAUGCAAGGAAAGAGAAGGAUAUGAUGGAGUCUAUGAAAGCUGAGCUUGACAGACAGAAAGAGGGAAAAAACGGAAGGAAAAAGGAAAUGCCAAUGAUGAAGACCACGGUCCAGAGGCCACAGGAUGAAACAGAGAAGACCUACCUUGGAGAUACGACAACUGAGAUACCAUUUGAGUCACAAGAGCUAAGAACCGCCAUUGAAAAAGAAAGAAGAGACUUGGAACGCAGAGAGAAAAUGAUUAUGAGAGAGAAGUAUGACCUGGAAAAGUCAAAAGCCGAAUUUGAGAAGGAAAAGGCGGAGAUGGAGAACAUGAUCACAAAACAACGAGAGGAGGGCAGACAAAUUAUUGAGGACAUAGAAAAGAAAAAAGAAAAUCUCGAGCAAAUGGAUGCAGAGAUGCAAAGGAAAAGACAGGUCAUCGUAAGGGAAAUGCAAUAUAAAACACAAAAGAUGCAGGAUUUAAAAAAAGCUAAAGAUAAAUUUAAACAAACGCAAGUUAAAUUUAGCAAAGAGAAAAUUGAAAUGGGAAACAUCAAAAAGGCUACCGUGGCAGAAAGAAAUAAACUAGCAGUAGAGCAAGCUUACAUAGAGAAACGUAAGGAGGAGAUGGAAGCCAUCCUGGAAAUGACAAAGAAGGAGAAUGAAGAUCUGCUGAACUUAAAAGCUCAAAUAGAGGGAUGGAAAGAAGACAAAGACGAACAGGGUGAACGCCUGAACAGGGAAAGAAAGGAACUUGAAUAUCUGAAAAGUAAGAUGCAAAAAGAAAAAGAGGAUACGAUAAGAAACAGGAACAUUUCGGAAAAAGAGAAAAAGGACUUGGAGCUGAUGAGAUCUGAAACGCAGAAAGAAAAGGGGAAGAUGGAACAAGAGAAGCUUAAGGUACAAGUUGAGAGAGAAAAGCUUGAACAAAUGAAACUGGAGUUACAGAGAAAGUCCAACGACCUAGAUAUGAUCACAGAAGACACAAAGAGGGAGAAAGUCAGUGCAUCACACAUUCCUGUCCAAAUACAACAACAAAAGAACCAAAUUGAUUGUUUUGUGGAAGAGACAAAGAGGAGUAAAAUCGAAGAAGAAUUGAUGAGCGCUGAAAUAAAAAGACAGAAAGAGGAGAUAGACAGCAAACAAGACAUUCUAUCAAAGGAGAGAGAAGAUCUGAAUAAACUCAGAACAGAGGUAAACAAUCAGAGAGAAGAGAUUGAAAAUAUCACGCAAGAGCAAAUUAAAGAAACAUUUCUAAUUAAUCAGACAAAGACAGAGAUGGAAAAAGAGAGAUGUGAGAUGGACAGAAAAAAGAAAAUGAUAGAGCAGAAUAUGGAUGAGCUAGAGCAGAGAAAGUGUGAGAUGAGAAAAGUAGAAAACAUAAUUAUCGAACUGAGAAAAGAAGAAGAGAGUAUAACGAAUGAGAUGAACAGGAUGAGAAAGAACACAGAGCAGAAAAGUUUUGAAAUGCAGAGACGGUCUGAAGACAUGAAUCAGCAAAUGGAUGAGACAAGACGGGAGAGGGGGAAUGUUGAAGAACUGGAUAUCCAAAUUCAAAAACAAAGAGAAGAAGUGGUGGGUUUUAUAGAAAAGAACAAACAAAAGCAGAACGAACUGGAACUCAUGAAUGACAAGAUUGAAAGAGAGAAACAAGACAUAGAAGAAAGUCGGGAUGUGCUAACAAAGGAGAGAGAGGAGCUGGAACAAAUGAGGAGUGAGAUACAGCAACAGAGAGAGGAGACAGAAUCUCACAUGGAAGACCAAAGGAAAGAGAAAGAACAUUUGGAACAAAUGAAGACGGACAUGAAAAAACAGUUGCUAGAGGUGGAUAAUGACAAGGAAAUGAUAGAAAGCACAAUGGGUGUACUGAGAGUGAAAGAGGCAGAAAUGGUGAGAGAAAAAGACAACAUGGAUAACAGGAUGGCAAGAUUCAAAGAGGAAGAGGAUAGAAUGCGUGAAGAAAUCGGAAGGAAGAUGGACAUCUUAAAGCAGGAAAGUUGUGAAAUCAAAAGACUUAGAGAUGAAAUUGACAGUGAAAAGGACCAGCUGAAUGCAAAAUUGCUUGAGUUGGAAAAAAUGCGUGAAGAACUAGAUAGAGAGAAGAAGGAAGUGAAAGACAGGAAGGAUGAAACACUGAAAGAAAAAGAUCAGUUGGAAGAGAGGGCAGGUAAGAUAAACAAGGAGAAAGAGGAAUUGGAUAUCAGUCUUGAACUGAUGAAAAGACAAAGGGAAGACUUGACAAGCUUGAAGGCUGAAGCAGAAGCACAGACCGAGCCUAUGGAAAUAGACUGGAAGGAAAAGCUCACGAGGCAAAGACAACAACUUGAAGAUGUAAAGGAGGAGAUACAGAAGGAAAAAGAAGCCUUUGAGAGAAAGAAGGGAUUGACCAUGAAAGAAAGAGAUGAGUUUGAUCUGAUGAAGUCUGAAACCCAGGGGCAAUUGGAGGAAAUAGAACAAAACAAACAAGACAUUCGUGUGGAGAAGGAAAAGCUGGAUCAGAUCAAAGCUGAGUUAGAAAGACGGUCUGAAGACAUAAAUCAGAUCAUGGAUGAGACAAGACGGGAGAGGGGGAAGGUUGAAGAACUGGCUAUCCAAACUCAAAAACAAAGAGAAGAAAUGGUGGGUUUUAUGGAAAAGAACAAACAAAAGCAGAACGAACUGGAACUCAUGAAUGACAAGAUUGAAAGAGAGAAACAAGACAUCGAAGAAAAUUGGGAUGUGCUAACAAAGGAGAGAGAGGAGCUGGAACAAAUGAGGAGUGAGAUACAGCAACAGAGAGAGGAGACAGAAUCUCACAUGGAAGACCAAAGGAAAGAGAAAGAACAUUUGGAACAAAUGACAAAGGACAUGAAAAAACAGUUGCUAGAGGUAGAUAAUGACAAGGAAAUGAUAGAGAGCACAAUGGGUGAACUGAGAGUGAAAGAGGCAGAAAUGGUGAGAGUAAAAGACAACAUGGAUAACAGGAUGGUAAGGUUCAAAGAGAAAGAGGAUAGAAUGCGUGAAGAAAUCGGAAGGAAGAUGGACAUCUUAAAGCAGGAAAGUUGUGAAAUCAAAAGACUUAGAGAUGAAAUUGACAGUGAAAAGGACCAGCUGAAUGCAAAAUUGCUUGAGUUGGAAAAAAUGCGUGAAGAACUAGAUAGAGAGAAGAAGGAAGUGAAAGACAGGAAGGAUGAAACACUGAAAGAGAAAGAUCAGUUGGAAGAGAGGGCAGGUAAGAUAAAUAAGGAGAAAGAGGAAUUGGAUAUCAGUCUUGAACUGAUGAAAAGACAAAGGGAAGACUUGACAAGCUUGAAGGCUGAAGCAGAAGCACAGACCGAGCCUAUGGAAAUAGACUGGAAGGAAAAGCUCACGAGGGAAAGACAACAACUUGAAGAUGUAAAGGAGGAGAUACAGAAGGAAAAAAAGCCUUUGAGAGAAAGAAGGAAUUGA